AUGUCUGAUUACGAGGAUGAAAUGGACGUCGAUGUCCCCUCCAAGGGCGACGUCCAGUUUAGUUCGGACAAUGCCGGUAAAAAGGCAAAGCGACCUGCUGCAGACCUUCCGGUCGAAGCUCAGGAUAAUUUGCCUUGGGUCGAGAAGUACCGUCCAAACACUCUUGAUGACGUCUCAGGCCACCAGGAUAUUCUGGCUACGAUCAACCGAUUCAUUGAAGCAAACCGACUCCCCCAUCUCCUCCUAUACGGGCCCCCAGGAACCGGAAAGACGUCCACUAUUCUCGCGCUCGCGCGAAAGAUCUACGGAAGCAAGAAUAUGCGACAGAUGGUGCUCGAGCUGAACGCCAGUGAUGACCGAGGUAUUGAUGUUGUUCGAGAGCAGAUCAAGACCUUUGCCAGCACGAAACAGAUCUUCUCCAUGGGACCACAGUCAGGUUCCGGCAGCUCCUCUCUCGCUUCCUUCAAACUUAUCAUUCUCGACGAAGCCGAUGCCAUGACCUCGACUGCACAGAUGGCUCUGCGCCGAAUCAUGGAACGGUACACGGCCAACACACGCUUCUGCAUCAUCGCCAACUACACGCAUAAGCUCUCGCCCGCUCUCCUGUCCCGAUGCACUCGGUUCCGGUUCAGUCCGUUGAAGGAGCCAGAUAUCCGGUCCCUCGUGGAUCUGGUGGUGGAGAAGGAGCAGAUCAACAUUCAGCCAGAGGCGGUGGACAGCUUGGUGACGUUGAGCAAGGGCGACAUGCGACGAGCAUUGAAUGUGCUCCAGGCCUGCCAUGCCAGCAGUAUUCCCCUUCCCAUGAAGAAUGCACCGAAAGACCAAGUGCGUCCCGAGGCCGAAGUGAUCACGAACGAGACGAUUUACGACUGCAUUGCGGCACCAUACCCGGCGGAUAUCCAGGAGAUUAUGACGACACUGCUCACGACGAGCGAUAUUACCUCAUGCCUAAACACGAUCAAUACGCUGAAGGCGAACAAGGGACUGGCGCUGGCGGAUAUCCUCGAGGCUCUGGCCGACCAACUUCAGCGAUUGGAAGUGCCACCGCAGACGCGGAUUACAUGGCUGGAGGGGUUGGCAGAGAUCGAAUGGCGACUGGCAGGAGGAGGAUCGGAGACGAUGCAGACGGGAGGACUGGUGGGAGUGGUGCGGAAUGGGUGUGAGUUGUUAGGGGAGAAGGGGGUCGUGUCGACAUGA